AUGGAUGAGGAAGCCACCCUUCUUGCUUCUUCUCCUGUCCCUCAAGGAGAUGGGAUAUCACUUAUCUCUGAAUCAGCAUUCAUGGAUUCUGCAACGUGUAACCCACAAGAAUGCAUUGAAUGUGCGAUUGCAAAUGGAAUGAAAUCCCUCGUGUCAGUAGCCAAGCAAUUGCAGCAUGAAGGGUUUGGCACUCAGGUAGCUGAACUCAUUAAAUGUGCCUUCAAGAAACUGAGAGCUGCGAAGGAGCUGGCUGAAAGCAAACAGAAUGCAGCCGAUUCUCACAACCAGAUGUUCCUUGCUGAGCAGCAGAAUCUGGAAGAAGAAAAGAAGCAGAAAAAAAAGGAUCUCUCAUUGUUGGAACUCAAUCUGGAAUACAACAAAGAAAUGGUAAAGAUGCAUGAAGACAUGGAGAAAACUGCAAACAAACACCUGGAAAAACUGCAGAAGGAGCUGAACAGUGUUAAAAAAAAUGAAAAGUUGGAGAUAUAUAUAAGGAACUUCUUCAUAGUUUUCUUGCCUCUUUACAUCCUCAUUGUUUCAGUGCAAACUGUGCAUGAAGCUCUUCAUAUAACAGAGGAUACUCAAUUUUCCAUCUCCCUAAGUGUGGUGGCAGGCAUUUGUCAGGCCUCUGUCUACAUGACUCACAUGAUGGUAAAGGAACUGGAAAAUGUCAUCCAGUACUACACAAGCAAGGUUUAUGAGUACAAACAGCAAGUUAAUGAAUAUAAGAAGAAAGAAAAGGAAAUCCAGAAGGAGAAAGAGAAAUGCGAAAAGACCAACGAUCAAAAAGCAACUCUUUCAGCACAUCAAACACACAAGCUGGACAUGUAUGUCUCUUCCCUGCGGGUUGUGGUGGAGUUGCUUGCAGAUCCCACAAACAGUUCCUUUGAGUGCUGGUCCAUUUUGCAAAAAGUUUAUUGCCGCCUGCUGCCAUUAGUGGGAGAGAAAGAAGACACACCAAAAAGAGAGGAACUGGUUCAAAAGCUAGAAUCCAUUGUUAGAAAGUUUGUAGAAAAUCACAGGGCUAUCAAAGGCAAGAAUUAG